UUGUGCCGUUACUCAGUAGUCGUUUGUGAUAAAUAUUUUUUAAAUUUUCAUUUUUGCAUGUUUUUUAUUAAUUUAUCUGCACCGACUGUACGCUAGUUAAUAUAACCCAAUUUUAUUUAUUAAAUGUCUAUUAUUAGUAUUAGGUAUACAAAGUACAAACCAAUAAUUAUUAUUUUAUACUAAGACAAAACAAAUGUUUACCUAUAUAAUAAGUUACAUCAAGAAACGAUUGAAUGCUCAGUUUUACGAAACACCGUGUGAAGAAUUGGCCAUGAGUUUAUUGGGCAAAGUACUUGUCAGACGACUGGAUGAUGGUCCCAUUAUUAGGGGUAGGAUUGUUGAAACAGAAAGCUAUCUGGGCCAUGAUGAUGCUGCUUCUCUAUCAUUUAAAGGAAAAGUUACACCUCGAAAUGAACCUAUGUUUAUGAAACCAGGAACAGCUUUUGUUUAUAUGACAUAUGGAAUGUACCAUUGCUUUAAUAUUUCUAGCAAAGGAGACGGUGCUUCCGUUUUGUUAAGGGCGGUAGAACCUUUGGAUAAUUUGAACACUAUGACAUCUCUACGAAAACAAUUUAGAAAAUGUUCAAAAACAGUGAUGACUAAUAAAGAUUUAUGCAAUGGCCCUGCAAAGUUAUGUAUAAGCUUUGCUAUUGAUAUAAAAUCUUGUAAUAAACAAGAUUUGACUUCAUGGGAUGGAAUGUGGGUAGAAGAAGAUGAAAAUAGUAAGUUAAUCGACACAAUCGUUUGUUCGCCAAGAAUAGGUAUUAAAUGUGAAAAAAUGUGGCAAGAUAAAUUCCUUAGAUAUUAUAUUCGCGAUAAUCCUUGCGUUAGUAAGAUAGAAAAAACUAAAAUGAAUGAACUGAAAUAUUCACAAAUCGAAAAUAUAAAAUAAAAAUAACUUAUAAGUACAUAUUAUAUAACAUGUUGUAACUUUAAAUGUACUCAAUUAUUUUUAUGUUUUUAUUCUUUAUUACCCUUGCAAUGAAGUGAAGUGAAAGAAGCAAAUGAAGUAAUGUUAGUUUAUUUAUUACUGUUGUAAACCCCUGAAUAAUUUUCUAUUAUAGUAUGUUCUCAGUCGUAUUUCCACAGGGCAUUAUACAUAACGUGUGUUUAAGAAGAGCAUUUUAUAUUUUUUGUACAAUUAGUAAAAGUUAAAACCAGUGAUAAAGCCUAAAUAAUUAAAAACCUAGUCGUUUGUUAAAUUUAUUUGUGUUGGAACCACGGUUUCAUAACAUUGCCUAUUGGAUAUUAUAUUAACGAAGUAGUACCUAAUAAUUAUUUUGCCAAGCAUAAGAAAUAAAUCAAAUAAGUUAAGUUAUUCUGAUCUAAAAAUUAUCUUACGCUGUGGCGUAGUAAUAUUCACAAUUCUAUUUUAGUAUUUCAUAAAUCAUACAUAAAUGUCAAUGUAAUCUGAAGUACAAUAAUAAUACCUUUUUGUUUAUUCAAUGGUUAAAAAUACUAAUAAUGGUUUAUAUUAACACUAAUUAAUUAACAUAAAAAUCAGCUACGUUAAUAAAAAUGUACAUAGUACAUAUUGAUAUUAUUUUCAAUCGAUUCAUCACAAAUACGGUUUCUAGUUCAUUAUGUACUUUAUUGUUGACCGUUACACACUAUAUAUCUAUUUAUAUAAUGUCAAGAUCUAAAAUAUG